AUGGAAGAUAAAGAUCGCACCCCAACACAAGCAAAGGACUAUUAUUCUGGAUCAAUAUGGUGGUCACAAACUGCACAGGCAUUUGAGGAUCUCAAGAGAAGUGACAUAAAUGGAGUUAAUGGGAUUUUUACUGCUGGCAGAGAUUGCUACAGCUAUAACUCACAAGAAAUAGUGACUCCUGAAAUUUCUGAAACAUUUGGAGAAAACAAAGGUUUAAAUAGGACAGGUAAUGGAGUUCAUGAUAUCUCUGAGGCUAGUGGUGAAGAAUACAGGGAGUAUGGCCUUUCUAGACUUAAAUUAACAACAGAAAUUGUGGAAAUAGUUGAGGAUGGCAUAAGCAUAACAAGCAACAAAGAUAGAAGAGUUGAUGACCUUUAUGUGGCUGUUGGCAAAGAUGACUUUGAUGUUGUGAAAUGGGCUCUUGAUCAUGCUGUUUCUCCCGGUGCCCGGAUUUUUCUUAUCCAUGUCUCUUCUCCAAUUACAUUCAUUCCUACGCCAGUUGGGAAGUUAGAAAGAAGACAAAUGAGCUCGCCCCAAGUGAGACUUUACGUGAAUGAAGUGAAUAACAAGAGGAAGGAUCUCUUGCAGAAGUACAUCCAGCAGAGUACAGAAGCCAAGGUAGCAGCAGAAACGUUGCUUCUUGAGAGCAAUGACACAGGAAAAGCCAUUCUGGAUCUCAUCUCUAUUCUUAACAUAACCAACCUUGUCAUGGGAAUGAAAAAGCCCUUCACAAGGCGCAAUAACAAAUUGAGCAAAGGAGAGUUCGUAAAAAAAAAUGCACCCAUUUCCUGUGAAGUUACAUUGGUUUAUGAUGGCAAGGUGUUUGUGUCUGACCGUUACAUGGAUGGCUUGGGUGCGUUAGAAGAGACAAGGAAAACUAAUAAAUUCCAUGCACUUGCAAAAGUGAGUCCUGAGGGUCGAGUACUCAGUUGUUCAUGGAACGUACUGGUUUGCUGA